ACAGGGGUGCUGAUGUCAAAGUUUUUUGUUUUGAUUCAUCGUAUUGUGUUUUGUCCAAUCUGCUCAAUUUUUUUUAUCAAUUUCAUUGUCAAAAAAUCAUUUUUAUUCAAGUUUCACAUUAAAAUGAUGGAUUCGAACGAUCCGGAGUCGGCAGACUCGUGUAGCCUGACGGAGGAAGAAGUGGAACCAAAGUUGAAAUACACACGGCUUUCGAAUGAUCUAAAGAGCAUCCUUAGCGAAGAAGCCGUCAGCUGUAUAGCCGUACAUUCAAGAUUUCUCUGCCUCGGGACCCACUGGGGUCGUAUUCACAUGCUGGACCAUCAGGGAAAUAGAGUGGAAACACUGAUCAAUCUAAAGCAGAAUCCGCAUAUUCUUUCUGUGAAUAAGAUUUCGGUCGAUAGUAAAGGAGAACACAUUGCCACUUGUUCUGAUGAUGGAAUGAUCAUUAUCAGUGGGUUGUACUCAGAUGAAAAUAAUCAGAAGCUCAAUGUCGGGAGAGGCAUCAAGGCGGUUGAACUCGAUCCUAUCCAUCAUAGAGUAGGUUCAGGGCGAAAGUUUCUAAUAGGUGACACUAAACUUGUUCUUUACGAAAAAACGUUUUUGAAAGGAUUAAAGUCUACAGUUCUUAGUGAAUCGGAAGGUGUAGUUAGUGCUAUCAGAUGGAAUGGUCAGUUCGUUGCGUGGGCAAGCUCUUUGGGAGUCCAUGUAUAUGAUUUGAAUGAACGGUGUUCUUUAGGACUAAUUAAAUGGGAAGAACCUAAGGAAGGUAAAUUGACAGCCUUCCGAUGCAACCUCAAUUGGUCCAACUCAACUACUUUACUCAUCGGUUGGGUGGACACGAUUAGAAUUUGUGUCAUAAGAAAGCGGAAUCCUGUCGAAGUUUCGACCCGGAAUCUUCCCGAAUACAUCGUAGAUCCCAUGUCCACAUUCCAAACGGAUUUCUACGUCUGUGGUAUCGCACCACUGGAAACCCAUCAAUUGGUGGUGUUGGGUUAUUCGAAAGAACGCGACAUGGAGACAAAGAAAGCCCUUCGACCGAUUCUCUGUGUGCUGCAGUACAAAGCUAGUGAUUAUAUUGAAGUUUGUACCGACAGUCUCUCCAUGAGAGGGCAUCAAGAAUAUAAGUGUGACGAUUAUCAUCUUGAGUGUUUGAUUGAGGAGAACCAGUAUUUCAUCGUGUCACCAAAAGAUGUGGUGGUAGCUAGUCUCUAUGAGACGGAUGAUCGCGUUCAAUGGUUGAUCGAACACGGGAAAUUUGAACAAGCCAUGGAAGUGAUAUCAAAAAGCGGCGGCAAAUACUCACUUAUUACGGUAGCACGCCUCUACCUGGAUCACCUACUCAGCCUUCAGCAGUACGAUGAAGCGGCUAAACUUUGCCAACGCGCCUUCGCAAACGAUAAACAGCUAUGGGAGGAAGAGGUCUACAAGUUCGUAAAGGUGAAACAACUUCGUUCAGUGAGCAAAUAUAUUCCUCGAUCAGACGUUUGUAAACUGAAUCCACAUGUGUACGAAAUGAUACUGUACGAGUAUCUACAGCUGGAUCCCGAAGGCUUCCUAAGACUAAUUAAGGAAUGGCAGCCUGGGCUGUACAAUACUAAGGCGGUCAUCAAUGCCAUAAAUGACCAUUUCAACAAAAAAGAUGCUAAUAUUUUAUUGGAGGCAUUGGCGAUAUUGUAUACCCACGACAGGGAAUAUGAUAAAGCCCUAACAAUGUAUUUGAAAUUGCAGCAUAAAGAUGUUUUUGAACUGAUUAAGAAGCACAACCUUUAUUCGGUGAUCAAAGACACGAUAGUGCAAUUAAUUGAGUUAGAUAGCGAAAAAGCAAUUGCCAUGCUGCUGGAAAAGAAUAAGAUCCCAGUGGAAGUCGUUGUGAAAGAACUCGAAAAUAGAGAGGACUAUCUGUACAGGUAUCUGGAUGCCUACGAUAAAAUUGAUAACUCAGGCAAAUUUCAUUGGAAACUGGUUCGUCUGUAUGCAGCAUACGAACCAAGCAAACUGUUAUCAUUCCUGAAACGCUCGAACAAUUAUCCCAUCCAAGAGGCAUUCGAUAUCUGCAAGGAACUACUGUUCUAUCCUGAAAUGGUGUAUCUGUUGGGUAGAAUGGGUAAUACGAGGGAAGCCCUGUCGAUAAUAAUCCACAAACUGGAAGAUAUUCAAAUGGCAAUCGAUUUUUGCAAAGAACACGAUGAUAUGGACCUCUGGAAUGAUUUGAUCAACGAAUCUGUCAACAAGCCUUAUAUUAUGACGAAAUUACUAGACGGCAUUGCCGGUUUCGUCAAUCCUGAACUACUGGUUAACAAAAUUAAAAAGGGUCAGAAUAUUCCGGGGUUAAAAAAUUCCAUAAUCAAGAUGCUCUGCGGGUUCAGUUUACAGGUUUCGAUACAGGAUGGUUGCAAUCAGAUUUUAGUAUCAGACUAUUUCGAUAUGCACGAGAGGCUAUCGAAAGUGCAGCAGAAAGCCCUGGCGGUUACUGGCGAAAACACGUGUGGCUUAUGUAGGCGAGAUAUUAUCGUGAAAGAUCAUCUAAGGACGGACGUGGUGGUGUUCAACUGUCGGCAUUUUUUCCACGAAAAUUGUUUGCCAGAUAAGUAUAGCGUAGAUUUUUGUACGGUAUGUAAAUCGCGAAAACCGUGAUGAACUGCGCACACGCGCGUGUAUAUAUCAGUUAGUGUAAUCCAUAAGCAAACGUUAUGUGGUAUAUUUUAGCUGUUCGCUCAUUUUUAGUUUUUAAGUAUUUAUUUUUAUAUACGAUCAUUAAAGA